UCCACAUCCAACUAUCACUAUCAUGAUCCAGGGCUUGCACGUACACUCUAAAGUCGCUCCCAAGGCGCAGGCGGUCAUCCUCACGGACGACGCCCUGACGUUCCUCGCCGCCCUGCACCGGACAUUCGAGUCCACGCGCAGGAAGCUCCUCGACGCGCGCGACGACGCACAGCGCCGCUUCGACUCGGGCGUACCGCUCGACUUCCAUCCCGAGACCGCGAACAUUCGCGCGGAGCCGUCGUGGCAGUGCGCGCCGCCUGCGCCGGGGCUCGAGGACCGGCGCGUCGAGAUUACGGGGCCGACCGACCGGAAGAUGGUCAUUAACGCGCUGAACAGCGGGGCCAAGACGUUUAUGGCGGAUUUCGAAGAUUCGAGCGCGCCGACGUUUUCGAACCUGGUGGAAGGGCAGGUUAACCUGCGCGAUGCUAUUCGUCGAGAGAUUGACUUUGAGUCGAACGGGAAGGCUUACAAGCUCAGCGAGAAGCCCGCGGUCCUUAUCGUACGUCCACGAGGAUGGCAUCUCGACGAGCCCCGGUUGACUGUGGACAACGUUCCCAUGUCCGGCUCCUUGUUUGACUUUGGUCUGUACUUCUUCCACAAUGCGGCGGAGCUCGUCAAGCGUGGUCUGGGCCCCUACUUCUAUCUGCCCAAGAUGGAGCAUUACCUCGAGGCCCGGCUAUGGAACGAUGUCUUCCUCUUCUCGCAGUCCUAUCUCGCGAUCCCGCACAACACCAUCCGCGCCACGGUGCUGAUCGAGACGUUACCCGCUGCGUUCCAGAUGGAGGAAAUCCUGUUCGAGCUGCGGAAUCACUCGUCGGGCCUGAACUGUGGGCGAUGGGACUACAUUUUCAGCUUCAUCAAGAAGCGGCGUGCCGAUCGCAGUGCGGUGCUCCCGGAUCGCAAGGAUGUGACGAUGACGGUCGGGUUCAUGGACGCGUAUGUGCGGCUUCUCAUCCAGACCUGUCACAAGCGCAAAGUCGCUGCCAUGGGUGGCAUGUCAGCGCAAAUCCCGAUCAAGAACGACGCCAAGGCGAACGAAGUGGCGAUGGACAAAGUCCGUGCGGAUAAACUGCGGGAGGUGCUCGCAGGUCACGACGGGACCUGGAUUGCCCACCCGCUCAUCGAGUCGAUUGCGCGCCCGGUGUUCGAUCAACACAUGCUUGGUCCCAACCAGGUGUGUCUUCCUGUUGCCGUCUUCCCGUAUGGUCUCCUGAUGGCUUGCCAGUACCAUGUGCGCAGGGAGGAAGUGCGCGUUGCCGCUGCUGAUCUGCUGAACACCUCCGUCCCCGGACAGAUCACUGAGGCAGGAGUGAAGGAGAACGUGUCGACGUCCUUGGCCUACACGGCGGCCUGGAUCGGGGGCAACGGCUGCAUCCCGCUCAACUACCUCAUGGAGGACGCGGCCACGGCUGAGAUCACGCGGGUGCAGCUGUGGCAAUGGGUCAAAUACGGGUCGCGCUUGGACACGGGGGAGACGGUCACCGUCGAGCUCGUCGACUCGCUCAUCGGCGACCUCGCGCCGGGUGUGAAGAAACUCGCGCCUGGCGUGAAGGAGGCGGAUCUUGCCGUCGCUGUCGAAUACCUCAAGGCGCAGAUCCGCAGGGAAUGGCCGAGUGAGUUCCUGACGAGCGACCUCAUGCCCUAUCUGGCUAUUGCCGAUGGCGCACCAGCCAAGUGGCAAAAAGCGAGCCUUUGAGUUGAGCAUAGUUAUAUGUAGGAACAAGUGUAAUCAUGUACAGACAAUGAGUUGUCGGCACUCUAAUCGCGUCAGCCAACUAGCGCAU